CUCGAUUUAUCACAAUAUCGCAAUCCGCCUCCCCGGACUUGUCACCGGUGUUUCAAAUCCACUUUAAUCCGUCCAUUUCAAGGCGAUUCAAAUCCGCGAGGCCUUCUAUGAUUUUAUCCCACCCCCUCUCUCUCUCUCUCAACUGUGAGGGGUCAAAUAUUUUUGCCCUUUUCCCUCCUUUCAAACAAACGCCCAUUCCUCUCUCUCUCUCUCUCUCUCUAAGCUCUUGCAGACUUUCGCUCUCUCUUUCUCUUCCCUCUCCCGCUUAUUGACUGUGUUGGUUUACUUCUUGUUCCUUUCAAAUCUCGACAAAUAUCGUUGCAAACCACUAAUUUCCGUGUCUAUUACUACUUGGCCUUCGUCUUCGUCUUCUCGUUUACUUCCCUUAGAAAACUUAAAAAGUUUUUGGAGCGUUGAAGCCAUGGACGGAGGUGGAACGUACAAUCCUCGCACAGUUGAAGAGGUCUUUAGGGAUUUCAAGGGCCGAAGAGCUGGCAUGAUUAAAGCUCUCACCACGGAUGUUGACGAAUUUUUUCAGCAGUGCGAUCCUGAGAAGGAGAAUCUUUGCCUGUAUGGUUUUCCUAGUGAGCAAUGGGAAGUGAAUUUACCUGCUGAAGAGGUGCCUCCGGAGCUCCCUGAGCCUGCCUUGGGUAUUAACUUUGCGAGAGAUGGGAUGCAAGAGAAGGACUGGUUGUCUUUGGUUGCAGUUCAUAGUGAUGCUUGGUUGCUUGCCGUGGCAUUUUAUUUUGGUGCCAGAUUUGGAUUUGAUAAAAAUGAUAGAAAACGUCUCUUUAGCAUGAUAAAUGAUCUCCCAACAAUAUUCGAGGUUGUGACUGGAACUGCAAAGAAACAAGUAAAGGAGAAGUCAUCUGUUUCAAAUCAUAGCAGCAACAAAUCCAAGCCAAACUCUAAACCGCGAGGGUCUGAAUCUCAGGGCAAGUAUUCCAAGGGGCAGCCAAAGGAAGAGGAGGAGGGUUUGGAUGAGGAAGAUGAAGAGGAGCAUGGGGAGACCCUGUGUGGGGCAUGUGGAGAGAACUAUGCCUCAGAUGAGUUCUGGAUCUGCUGUGACAUUUGUGAAAAGUGGUUUCAUGGCAAGUGUGUGAAGAUCACUCCAGCAAGGGCUGAGCAUAUCAAGCAGUACAAAUGCCCAUCUUGCAGCAACAAGAGAGCGCGUCCUUGAUGGCAUAAGAUGGGUUCUCAAACUCUGUCGGCAUCAUUUUAUAAAGCAUCAGAGGUGGCAUGAAGGGUACAGGUGUGGAAUGGAACAAGCUUGUGCUUUACAUGAAGGGUACAAGGCGUUGGGAGUGUUGGGACAAGUAUCCACACCAGGGGAUGCAAGAAACGCUAGGAAUAUUUGACAAGUAUUGGUGUCCAUUAUUUUUGGUCGUUAAAGAUUUGGAAGGGAAGAGCUAGUCUAUCCCAAUGUUCUAUGAUGGCAAUGAUGCACAAAUUUUGGCGGAAGUGUGACAACUCUCAUCUUCUAUUUAUCAUAAGCAUUAAUGGGCUGUGUCUCUAUAUCCCAAUAUUGAGAAUUGAGUUGGGGUGCACCGUUGACGGCUUUAGGUUAUGAUUAUGAUGACGGUGACAACGCAGUAUACUGGGAAGAGAAGUGACUUCCAUAUCUCAAUGUUGAGAAUGGGCCUUGGCCCUUGGGGUUCAUCACUUUAAAUUUCUUAUUCAGCAGUGCGUCAUGAUAUAUGUCUUCUUUUGCUUAUAAUCUUAUCUAUAUGAAUGAUGCCCGAAUGAAAGCCUAAACACUACAUUUUUUUUUUCUGUAUCUGAAUCCGAGCCUUCCUGCAUCAAGAAUGUCAAUGGCUAAUGGUGGUGGAUGUGGAUCUCGAAUGGCUAUUGCAAUAAUCGAGGAACGCCACGAGUUUUCUUAGGAGGAUGGUAGAGUCUUUGGUAAUUUGUUGGCAAUCUGUAGAAGCCGUUGUGUACCAAACACAUUCAUUAGAUGACUGAUGCUCACAAUACUGUCACCUUACUUCCA